AUGAACCACGAAACUUCCCUCUUCCAACCCCAGCCCUUCGCCGCCACGAUCCGCCGCCAUAGUCCCCGGAAACAGCCACGAAACAGGCGGCGCUGGACAGUUUUUGACAGAACUUCCAAGCGUUCGUUCUCCGUCGUCCGGCCACCAAAUCGGACGAGUGAGGUCAUAUUGCUGGUUGGAGUCUUUGCUUCUGAAGAUGUAUCCUGGGAGACUUACUGGCAGUCAGCUUUGCCAAAAACUCCAAUACCCCAAGCUGUGCAGGAACUUUUACACCCUGAGAACUGGCCAGGGACAGAAGGCAAAAGCACAUACACUGGGAUCAGCAAGGAUGCUUUGAACAUCAAUACCAUUCAAUCCGGGUCUGCAUUUACAACUGCAGGUCCAGAAAGCUAUGCCAAAGCCGCCACAGGAAAAAUCCCAGUUGAGCAAGGUGUUACUACUUUCUUCUUUGCAAAAGAUCUGCAUUUGGGGAAGAAAAUGACCUUACACUUCCCCAAAACCACAAACAACGCUAAACUUUUGCCGCUUCGAGUUGCAAAGUCCCUACCCUUUUCAAGCAGCAAGUUACCCGAGAUUCUAAACCGCUUUUCGCUGAAACCUGAAUCAGCAGAAGCAGAGAUAGUGAAACAAACAAUCGAAGAAUGCGAGGAACCAAGCAUAGAAGGGGAAGACAAGUACUGCGCGACGUCCUUAGAAUCUUUAGUCGAUUUCAGUGUUUCGAAGCUCGGGAAAUAUGCUGAGGUGUUCUCAACAAAAGUGGACGUAGAAAACAAGCAGGAAUAUAGGAUUGCGAGGAGAGUGGAGAAAAUUGGAGAGAGGUCGGUGGUCUGCCAUAAGCAGAAGUAUGUGUAUGCUGUGUUUUACUGCCAUGAAAUCCGUUCAACAAGGGCUUACAAGGUUUCUUUGGUGGGAGCUGAUGGAACAAAAGCAGAAGCGGUUGCUGUUUGCCACAGCGAUACAAGAAAAUGGAACAUUAAGCUUUUGGCUUUCCAGCUUCUCAAAAUUAAGCCAGGAACUGUCCCUGUCUGCCAUUUCUUGCCUAGUGGGAACCUUCUUUGGGUUCCAAACUAG